UUUUCAUGCAAAAAAAUAAAAAAAACAAAUUUGUUACAGUAAAUGGAAAUGCAAAUACAGCGACUGCUUUUUUACCGGACCAGAAAACGAAGUAACCCAGCAUAUGAUCAAAGAACAUAGGCAUACAUCAGUAAAAAACAAAGUUAUCAAAGUAAAUGGAAAUGCGAAUACAGCGACUGUUUUUUUACCGGACCAGAAUUCGAAGUAUCCCAGCAUUUAAUCAAAGACCAUGGGCAUACAUCAGUGAAGAAUAAAUUAAUCAAAAAUAAAAAACAAAAACCAAGAAAAGAAGAUCACACAAAAAUAAAAAGAUUCUGUUGCAUGUACUGUGACUAUGCAACAACUUACAAACAAUCGUUGCAAAAGCAUAUUUGUCGCAGGCACAAACAAGAAUAUGAGUUGGAAAAUAAAAUAGCAAUAAAUUUAAAAACGUACUCUUGUGUGUACUGUGACUUUACAACAGGACAAAACCUAAGGCUUCAAAGACACGUUUAUAAAAAACAUAAAAAACAAAAUGAUUUAGAAAAGAAAGUAGCAAUAAACAUAAAAACAUUUGAUUGUGUAUACUGUGAAUUUAAAACAGUAGAAAACCAGAGGCUUCAAAGCCACAUUUAUAACAAACAUAAGGAACAAAAUGAGCUGGAAAAUAAAGUGAAAUUAAGCAUAAAAACGUACUCCUGUGUAUACUGUGACUUCACAGCAGUGGACAAUCAAAAGCUGCAAAAACACAUCUAUAUGAAACAUAGAGAACAAAAUGAAUUGGAAAAUAAAGUAGAAAUAACCAUAAAAACUUACUCUUGUCUAUACUGUGACUUUACAGCAGUAGAAAAUCACAAGCUGCUAAAGCACAUCCAUAACAUACAUAAGGAACAACUUGAGUUUGACGAUGAAGUAGCGAUAAAUUUAAAAAAGUUCUCUUGUUUGUACUGUGACUUUGUUACAGUACAAAACCAAAAUCUGCAAAUACACAUCCAUAGCAAACAUAAGGAACAACAUGAGUUAGAAAAUAAAGAAGCAAUUAAUUUAAAAACUUACUUUUGCAUGUACUGUGACCAUAAAACAACUUACAAACAAGCGUUGCUAAAGCACAUUUCUUACAAGCACAAAGAACAAAACGAGUCAGAAAAUAAGGUGGCAUUAAAUUUUAAAACGUACUCUUGUGUGUACUGUGACUUUACUACAGGACAACACCAAAGGCUUCAAAUACACAUUAAUGGAAAGCAUAAAGAACAAAACGAGUUGGAAAAUAAAGUAGCUCUAACCAUACAAACUUACUCCUGUGUUUACUGUGACUUUACAACAGUGAAAGACCAAAGGCUUCAAGGACACGUUAUUAGAAAACAUAAAGAACAAAAUGAUUUGGAAAAUAAGGUAGAAUUAAACAUAAAAAUGUACUCCUGUGUAUACUGUAACUUUACAGCAGUGGAAAAUCAAAAGCUGCAAAAACACAUCUAUAUUAAACAUAGAGAACAAAAUGAAGCAGAAAAUAAAGUAGAAAUUAAUAUAAAAACUCACCCUUGUGUAUACUGUGACUUUUCAACCGUAGAAAAUAACAAGCUGCAAAGUCACAUCUUUACGAAACACAGGGAACAACACAAGUUGGAAAAUAAAGUGGAACUAAACAUAAAAACUUACUCUUGUGUUUACUGUGACUUUACAGCAGUAGAAAAUAGGAAGCUGCAAAGACACAUCUAUAUCAAACAUAAGGAACAUUAUGAGUUUCAAAAGUAGCGAUAACUUUAGAACUUUCUCGUGUGUUACUGUGACUUUAAAACAGUAUUAAACAAUGGCUUUAAAAAUAUAUUUACAGCAAACAUAAAGUACCGUUGAAAAUAACAGAAGAGUUGAGGGAAGUUCACCAACAAAUUUAGGAGUUCUACUAUAGUAUAGUCAUUUUAAAGUUGCUUUAGUUUACGGACACUUUUUAUACACAGAGGACUCUCUCUGUAUAAAAAUGAGUACUUCCCUCUAUUCUCCUAAUAAAAUAUAUAUGUUAAAGAACUGUAUUAUUUAAAUAAUUUUUAAGGUGUUUAUAAUUUAUAAAUAUUGGAUCGUUCGUGAAUGAAUAAAAAAGUUAUAUUAUCUUAUUAAUAGAACCUGUAUGUUCCUACAGAAUUCCCAAACGGUCUAACCCCUGCCCAAAGUCCUAUUGGGCACGCGCCUGUCUAUUUUAGUCAGUUUGGGACUCUUGUAAAAUUAUAUUAUAUUAUGCUUUUAAUAGUGACAUAGAUUUAGUUCAAACUUUUCUGUUGUUUAAGCAUUAAUAAAAAUAUUAAGAAAUGGCGUACUCUUUUAUUUUUACAGUCUCGGUAUACCGUACUUUUAUUUUUGGUGUAAACAGCUGUGGCUGUCAUUUUCCUUAAAUAAAUAAAUAAUAAUGUAACAUUAAUAGCACC